AUGAGGGUCGAGCUGCCGCCGCUGCUGCUGCUGCUCCUCCUCCUCGUCGUGGCGCCGAGCGCUCACGCAUGGCGGCUGUGGCCGGCCAAGCGCUUCGCUGAAGAGGGGCUCGUGCGCGCAGGCGCGCUCGGUCUGGACGACGUGCGUGGGCAGGUGGCGGCGUGGAGCUACUUUUCGAGCACGCGCUUCCUCGACGCGUGGAUCGUCGAUGCCCAGCGUCAGUCGGUGUCUGUGCAUGCGUGGGACCAUACGCACUUCCGGUUCAACGCAACGCCCGUCACGCGCGUGUCAGUGCCGGACGGCCUGCACAUCGUCGACGCCAUGGUCGCCGACUACACGCACGACGGCCACGCCGACCUGCUCGUGAUGGCCGAGGGCCCUGCAUCCACCACGCUCUCGCUCUACCUGUGGGCGGCGGUCGUGGCGCACGACGGCACCACGACCCUCGCGCCGCCCAUCACGCUGCCCGCAUCCACACGCGCGCAUCCGCUCACGAUCGACGCCACCGGCGCGCUGGCGGCGGACCUGCUGGGCCACGUGGCGUCCGACCCCACGACGCUCACGCUCUGGCACGCUGCGCAGGGCACGUUGGUCACGGAGCCGCUCGCGAUGCACGGCGACGGCACGCCGCCGUGCCAGCUCGCGCAUCCGCACAGCUCCGCGCACGUCGACAUGAACGGCGACUGCCUCGCCGACCUGUUUCUCGUGUGCGACGCGGGGCGUGGGCGCCUGUCGUACCAGGUGUGGACGGCGCGCCGCGAUGCGCCACGCACGUACGACUUGGCGCGCGUCGGCGAUCUCCCGCCCGGCACGGGCGCGCUGUCGUUUGCGGACAUGAAUCGCGACGGCACGAUCGACGUCGUGUUCCCUGCGUGUGAGCGCGACCGCUGCUACAUCCACAUUGCGUACAACGAGCAGAUGCCGCUGUGUGCGCCUGAGCGCCGCGGCGUGUGGGGCGCGCGCAACGCGAGUGCCGAGCGGUGCCGCGACGCUGCGCAGCUGUGCGCGCCCGACGACGCGUUUGUGCUGCGUGAUGGCGCGGACCUCGUCCGCAUCCCGAUCGAUGCGCUCACGAGCGAUCGGCGCCUCCUGCUCGUCGACGACAUCGGCGCGUCGCAGCCUGUGCCCGUGCGCGUCGGCGACUACAACCUCGACGGCUACCCGGACCUGGCCGUGCUCACUGUGCCACGCGGCGCGGCGCCUGGCGAGACGCGCCUCCAUCUGCUCGAGAGCCGGCCGUGUGGUGGCGCGUCGGGCGCGGCGGCUGGCUGUGCACCGAGCGGGCCGGAGCACCGCACGUUUGCGCGCGUACGUCGCUCUGUGCUGGACCGCGAGGCGUACGUGCGCAGCGUCGCGUUCAUCGACUUGGAUGAGGACGGCACGCUCGAUCUCAUGCUCCAGUCGCUGCCGCCAGCGACGACGCGCGCGUCGGCGGCGCGUGUCGUGUCGUUUGUGCGGAACAACGACUUUCACGACGCGUUCUUCCUCAAGGCGCUCUCGCAGCGGCGUGCGGACGGGAGCGCGCUGCUGGGCGCGUCGUACAAGUUUGCGGUGCUGGAUCCGAAUGGCGUGCGGCGCGCGCAGCAAGUCGCGCAGCAGGCGCAGACCGUGUACGGCGCGCUGCCUACGCCGUACGCGUUCUUUGGUCUGGGGCGCACGAACAACUAUGUCGAGUCGCUCUUUGUCGGGAGCACGUUGCGGCGCGCGCCUGCGCCCCUCGUGCUCGAGGGCGUCGUGCCGAACAGCGAGGUGCGCGUGUAUCCGAACGGCGCCGACACGUGGCGUCGGGAGCUGUUCUUGCAUCCCGCCGACUGGAUCCCGUACGUCACGCUCGCGCUCGGCACGCUCCUCGCGCUUCUUGCCGCGAUCAUCUAUAUGCUCGAUCGGCAUGAGAAGCACGAAGAUGAGCGCGAGCGCCGCCGCGCCGUGCACGCCAUCAAUUUCGAUGCGCUGUAG